CGAUUGCAUUACAGCUUUUAGGGGGGAUCAGUUUGAUGAAAAUGACUUUUCUCAGUCAACUUGCGUACCAGGAAAUCCGUCACCGAUUAAAAAUCUAACCUGCUGUUUAUCAAGACAAUUUAACGCUUGGUUGGCUGAGAAGGAGGAUUUGAAGCAGAUGGCAGCUGAUAUUAAUGGUCUUAUGUUAUCCUUUUCAACGUACAAGAAAAAUGUCAUCACAACUGAUGGUGAUAUUUUGGAGAAGAAAAAGUUUUUUGAAGCAUUCGCUGAAGUAAGUUAUACACACUGACAGAUUUUUCAUGUGAACAAAACUCUCUCCGGGUUCAUUCAUGCUAUAAAAUAC